AUAAUAUUGCAUAUAUUAAUUUUAUGAGAUUAAGUUUCAGUGUUUUCUUCUCCCAUCUUUUACAGGGAAAGGAUGGUCUUUCUAAGCACGAAAAAGAACUUGACAAACUCAGAUCUAAAAUAGAGCAGAUGGAGAAAGCUAACUUGGAUCCAAAAGUUUGGACAAUGCGUGGAGAGGUAACUGCUGCAAGAAGGCAAAAGAAUAGUGCAUUAGAAGUUGAUUUGGAUUUUGAGCACAAUGUUAGGCCCGCCCCUGUAAUUACAGAGGAGGUUACUGCAUCACUUGAAGAUUUGAUAAAGACUAGGAUCAGUGAGGGCCUGUUUGAUGAUGUUCAAAAGGCUCCAACUUUAUCAUCCAAAGCACCAAGAGAGGUCAAAGAACUGGAUGAGAACAAGAGCAAGAAGGGUCUUGCAGAGAUUUAUGAGGAAGAAUUUGUCCAGAAAACAGAUCCAGCCUCUGCCCCAUUAACCUUCUCAGAUGAACUAAAGAAAGAGGCCAGUUUGCUGUUUAAGAAACUUUGCUUGAAGUUGGAUGCCCUCUCUCAUUUCCACUUUACUCCUAAGCCUGUUAUUGAGGACUUGUCCAUACAAACAAAUGUUCCCGCCCUUGCAAUGGAAGAGAUUGCACCUAUGGCCGUCUCAGAUGCAGCUAUGCUGGCUCCCGAGGAAGUUUUUUCUGGUAAAGGUGACAUUAAAGAAGAAACAGAACUGACGAAGGCAGAAAGGAAAAGGAGGAGGGCUAACAAGAAAAGGAAGUUUAAGGCCGAAGCAGCUAAAAGGAUGGGUAAAAGGCCACGAGAUAAUACAUCUCUAUGCAAUAGCGAUGAAGGCAGGGAAGUAUAGUAUUGGUGAAGCGUGGGGAGGUGGAAGACGAGAGCAUUGGGGUUCAUACUUUAUUACGUAUUUUCUGUCUUGCUUUUGCAUGAGCAGAGCAAGCCAAACCUUAAGACAGAGUUGAGAGGAUCAAUCCGGGAUUUUACUUUUUGUAAGAACAUAAUUA